GAGUAUGCAUGUAAUUUUAAAAACAUUUCAGUUAUUGUGAAAAUGAAACAGGCUUUAUGUUCAUUAAAAUAUUCAGUAAGCUGAUUAACUGAUUAGCUAGCUUACAGAAAUGUUAGCUUGCUAGCAUCCCGAAAGGUGACGUUAGUCACCCAAGCUAACAGUAUCCAUCUAGCUAGGCUAUUUUGUUUUGUGAUGGAUGUAGUUAGCCAACCUUUGUAGCUAGCCUAUCUUUGUAAACCUGCUAGCCAACCUUUUGUAAAUUUUCCAAUCAACACGUCUUAUCGAUCAGCUUAACAAGCAAUGCGCGUGGCGUUUCCUUCAUUCUUGAGAGUUCUAUCCAGCUGUAAGCUCUAAGGUUAGAGAAAGCUAGGCAACACUUCAAUUUGUUUGAUAAUUUUGUAACUUGCCGUUAACUUAUCUGGAUAUGUAACGUUAGCCAACAUGUAAUGCAUGCCAUCUUACAGGUAAAGAGAGAAAUGCGGUGAUUUUAAAUUGGUAAAUCUAAUGUAAUUUACAGGUCACCUUACCUCAUCCAAACAAAUCGCAUUAAUAAUAACUUAAGUGCAUUAUCCUUCAAAAAGCUCCUAACUCUCCUUUGUGCUGCGGCAUUAAUCACAGCAACUUGCCUCAAAUAUAGCAUGCUAAAUAUGCUAUAUGUUCCCUUUUGCGUUUCAAAUUGGUGGUUGUAAAUAAUGUAACCUACAAGUUAUUUUGCCGCUUUCCAUCGUUUGCGAACUUUCAGAAAGAAACUCGAAAAGUCUACAACUGUUGUGAUUAGUUGUGACCCUCUGAAGUAAAAUGCUUGAUUAGCCUAAAACUUCAGUCAGUUGUUUUUUUUCUAUCAGUUGCCCAUUUCAAUGAUACCUUAGCGAUAUUGUGUGAACAGGGGAUUCAAUAUGACCAGUGUGGAAAUAUAUUUUGUUUUUAAAUUUGCUAGCAAGGGCGUGAGAAGGAUGGUUUUUGACGUGAUUGUUGAAUACGCUAAAGCAUCUCAAUAUAUAAUCAUGUACUUUGAGACGCUAAACAUUCUCUUUCCCUCAUCAGAUGCGGAUCUAAUCAAACAAGUAGUCAUGCUGUGAUUGAAAACCAUAGCUCUUAUUUCCACUGCUUUUCCACUGCACACAUUAGAGAUGUGUGUCUGGAAUCAAUUGUAGCAUGAGAGAUCGCAUUCAGGAUCUGGUUAAGUGGUGAAAGCUAAAGGGACGUCAGCGCUUCUUGUGAAGGGGCUAAGCUGGCGAUGUCACGGGUCCCCACCCCCCCUCCUCCUGGGGAGAUGUCCGUUGGGCCUGUGGCGGAGAGCUGGUGUUACACCCAGGUUAAAGUAGUAAAGUUUUCCUACAUGUGGACCAUAAACAACUUCAGUUUUUGCAGAGAAGAGAUGGGAGAGGUUUUAAAAAGUUCGACCUUUUCCUCGGGUCCCAAUGACAAAAUGAAAUGGUGCCUGCGAGUCAAUCCCAAGGGACUUGAUGAUGAAAGCAAAGAUUACUUAUCUUUGUACUUACUACUUGUUAGUUGUCCAAAAAGUGAAGUGAGAGCAAAGUUCAAAUUUUCCUUACUGAACGCAAAGAGGGAAGAAACUAAAGCUAUGGAAAGCCAAAGAGCAUAUCGAUUUGUGCAAGGGAAAGACUGGGGUUUCAAAAAAUUUAUUAGGAGAGAUUUUCUGCUCGACGAAGCAAACGGACUCCUACCGGAUGACAAGCUCACUCUUUUCUGUGAGGUGAGCGUAGUCCAGGAUUCGGUGAACAUCUCUGGCCAGUCCAACAUGAACGUGCUGAAGGUGCCGGAGUGCCAGCUGGCUGAUGACCUGGGGAACCUCUGGGAGUGCUCACGCUUUACUGACUGCAGCCUCUACGUCAGGGGCCAGGAGUUCAAAGCCCACAAAUCCAUCCUGGCAGCAAGAUCACCGGUCUUUAAUGCCAUGUUUGAACAUGAAAUGGAAGAAAGCAAAAAGAAUCGCGUAGACAUCAGUGAUGUAGAUCCUGAAGUCUUCAAAGAGAUGAUGGGCUUCAUCUACACGGGGAAGGCGCCAAACUUGGAGAAAAUGGCGGACAGUUUGUUAGCGGCUGCAGAUAAGUAUGCUCUGGAGCGCUUAAAGGUCAUGUGUGAAGAGGCUCUGUGCAACAGCCUCUCGGUGGAGAAUGUGGCCGACACACUCAUCCUCGCAGAUUUGCACAGCGCAGAGCAGCUCAAAGCACAAGCCAUAGAUUUUAUCAACAGGUGCAGUAUCCUCAGACAGCUGGGCUGCAAAGAUGGGAAAAACUGGAAUAGCAACCACGCCGCAGACAUAAUGGAAACUGCGGGCUGGAAGUCAAUGAUCCAGUCUCACCCUCACUUAGUGGCGGAGGCUUUCCGCGCGCUGGCAUCUGCCCAGUGCCCACCCUUUGGCCUGCCCAGGAAACGCCUAAAACAGUCCUGACUGACUACAGCGCAGUCAGACUUUUCAUGAUGAUGCUGGGUAGGGAGAGACGAGGAGAGCACAAGGGACUAAGAAACUGUCCUCCUUACCACCCUCUUAAAAACAAACAAACAAAAACUAAACAGACAGACAAAACACAAACUCGAAAAGAAAUGCAAAGAGCAAAAGGUAUCCGUGUUUCCAUAGGGAGGGUGGGGAGUCUUGUCAUUUAUCCACACAACUGUGUUAUUCACUUCAAGUGAUGGUCGGUCCUGGUCGUCAAGCUUUAUCAGCUGAUAUCUUCUGUCAUUUCAAAUGGCCUUAACCUCUCUGCCAUUGCUCUGGAGUAGAGCGCGUUGGAGCAGCUGAUUCCUUGAUUCUACGCUGUGCCUGCCUUGUCACAAAGACCAGGCCCACCUCCCUGUUGCACUAGUUCCCAACGUCUAGUCAUUUUGAUAAAUGGAGUUCUAUAGGAACGUGUUUAAUGAGUGUUUAAUGGGAAAAAUAUUAUAUAUUUGUAAUGUUUAGCCCGUUUUGUGACUAGACAUUAAAAUUAAAAUUAAGUGUCAACACUUGGAGCGCAAGGUCAUUUCUUUUACACUUUUUGAAAAGACAAAUAUGCCCCAUAUUGAUGGCACAAUUUCUAUGUAAAGACAUUUAAACCUAUUCAGAGGACAGAUCUAAAAGCAAGCAUAUUGUAAAGAAAGGCAAAAAAAGUAUGCAGUGGGAUGUUGUGAUGCUGUAUGUAACACGAAAGGAAUUCAUGUCUGUAUUCUGCCUCUAAUCUAUUAAACCUAUGGGAUUUAAAAAAAAAACAAAUGUUUGACCUAGUCUCCAGGUGUACUGAUUCAAAAUGUUAAGUUGUCAUUUGCAAGAGCGUUAUUUCGCUGAAGAGAUAAUCCUGUUCAGACUAAGGUGGCAGUUGGCAUAUAAUUAUGGUUUCUGUGAUCAGCAAAAAAGGGAACCUUUGAAAUACCAACAUAUCCAAUAUUGUUUGAAUGAAAUGCCCAGGUCCAGUGUUAGUCAUGUGUUUUCCCCUUACCUGAAAUGAUCUCCGAACUGAAAAGUUUGAAGUUAAAUGAAGGCGAUGGAUUUGCAGAAGUGAUGGUGUGAGACCGUAACUGGGAACUUGUUGGGAUGCUGAGCAUCAGUGUCUUUUUUUACUCUGUGUUGUAUGGAUGGGAGGAAUAAAAACAGUUGUCUGUC